ACAUUCGCGAUUAGUUCGCUCGGACGAGUCGAGCGGUGCGAACGUCGCGACAAUAGUUUCUCCGCACGGAAAAAUUGUGUCGCGUGUGCCCCGAAGCCCAGUGGUACUUUAAUACGAUAUGGAUUAUGUGCAUGCCCCUUUGUGAAUAUUUUGUGUUUUACGGCAGCUCCCCCGGACCACCCUUUUAGCUGAAUUCCAUAUUGUAAGUUGGAGCAACCGUUAUCCUGUUCGUAACCAUGGAGGCGUUGCUACCUGUGUCCGUCUCGUGGUUAUCCACUUUAGUUCUUCUCUGCUCUUUCUUUUCAACACACACCCUUGACACAAAGAUACACGAGCACAUGACAGCGGACGAGCUCCGAAGCCUCUUCCACGUGGAACAUCAAAGCCUUGUACCAUCCUAUCACCUGGUCCACUUACACCACAUAGCCAGGCGGUACAUCCCACACCUAAACGCCCACACGUCAUCUAAGAAGAUCCCACACGAAAAGGCUGAUAUAAACGAGAAGAUUUAUGCCAAAGCAAGAGAUGCUAUCAAAGAGGAAAUUGGUGAUUUAAAUGAUACAGUGAGUGUAGAGUUUGACGCGAAUUUAAGUGACAGUGAUAGUGAUGUGCACAACAUUGAAUUGGAGGCGUUCGGGAAGACGUUAAACCUAGUGUUGAGGAGGCAGGAGGGUUUGCUGAAGAAGGACGGGUUAAGGAUGUGGAAGGCGCUGACGAAUGAGUCACAGCCACAUGGUGUGGACUAUGAGGAGAUGGUUACGGAAGGCGAAGAAGACCUGGGUGAAUUGUAUCAUGAUGAUGAGAACGGAGCGGCUUUGUUGAUCAGAAGACACCCGAAGCAUGGAAAACUCGUUGUGGAAGGCUCCAUCGGUCAUGACUUGGUGAUCAGGCCUAUCCCUGAUUCUAUAACCGCACCUGACGACGAAAUGUUCCUGGACCCGAGUAGCAUGGCUGACAUGGUUUCCAUUGACACAGGAUUGCCCUUGGUUAAGAGAAAUAAGGGCGCUCAAGAAGAAUUGCAAAAGAAGCUUCAAGGGGCUCAUCAUGUCAUCAUCAAGCGAGAUCCUGAGACAGGAGACCACGAAAGUGACUAUGCUUUCAUGGAGCCAGAUCACCUCAGCAAAAGGUUUAGGCGGCGACGCUCCACAGACUCUCACAGCCGGCGGAAACGGGAAGCGCCUUACGUCAUCUACCCGGAAAUACUCGUUAUUGUUGACUAUGACGGAUACAGGUUACACGGUGGAGACAAUCUACAAAUUAAACGAUACUUUGUGUCAUUCUGGAAUGGAGUCGAUCUUAGGUACAAACUGCUUAAAGGGCCCAGGAUACGAAUCUCAAUUGCUGGUAUUAUUAUUUCCCGGGGUCGAGAUGCGACGCCGUAUCUCGAAAGAAAUCGAGUUGGUCGCGACGCAAUUGAUUCUGCCGCUGCGUUGACAGAUAUGGGCAAGUAUCUGUUCCGGGAGAGACGACUGCCAGUAUACGAUAUUGCGGUUGCCAUCACAAAACUAGACAUGUGCAGAAGACAAUACGCGAACGAUGCGUGCAAUAGAGGGACAGCAGGUUUUGCGUACGUCGGCGGCGCAUGCGUCGUCAACAAGAGAUUGGAAAAAGUGAAUUCGGUUGCCAUAAUCGAGGACACUGGUGGUUUUUCUGGUAUCAUUGUUGCUGCUCAUGAAGUUGGACACUUAUUGGGCGCGGUCCACGAUGGAAGUCCUCCGCCAUCGUACCUAGGAGGCCCUGGUGCUGAAAAGUGCAGAUGGGAAGACGGAUUCAUCAUGUCAGACCUUCGUCACACGGAGAAGGGCUUCCGGUGGUCUCCCUGCAGUGUGCAGAGCUUCCAUCAUUUUUUGAAUGGAGACACGGCAACGUGUUUAUACAAUUCACCUCAUGAAGACGAUUCCCUACCGAGAGUACUUCCUGGGCGACUACUCACACUAGACGCACAGUGUAGGAAAGAUCGGGGAACCAGUGCUUGUUUCAAAGAUGAGCGGGUGUGUGCGCAAUUAUUCUGUUUCGACGCUGCAAGUGGAUACUGCGUGGCUUACAGACCCGCUGCUGAAGGGUCCCCAUGUGGAGACGGACAGUACUGUAUAAACGGACGGUGUAUCACCGAGAACGAGAAUAUAAUCCCGGAUUACUCCCAACACACGCCGAGUUACGUCCGACCUGAGACCAGCCCCUUCUACGGAAACAUUACAAGUAGCGAAGAUACAACACAGCCAUACGUACCCAGUACAGAACCACCCCACCAACAAAACUAUUACAAAUCGCCAGAAACAACAACAGAAAACCCAUACCACUACUUCUACACGCCAGAACCAAAACGCGUAGAGAAAAGUACAGAAGCAACAAAAUUCCCACCAUCACUGAACCUAUACUCCGUAUCGACCACACGAAGUCCAUACGACUUCCAAGAUUUCUAUUCGAGAACCACGGCAGAACCCAAACGGGGCUUCUUCAGCAAGGACGACCUUGCGAGCUAUUUCUCUCGGACGACAAAGAGCCCCUACCAGGACAAGGGUGUCCAAUCUGUCUUCAAAUUUGGGACGUAUUAUUCCCAAAAAUCAUCGGAUAACUCCAUAAGACCAGAUGCUAACUCGCAGCAAGUACAGAUUGAGCCAGCGAGAUUAGUUUACUCGUAUCAGGGGAAUUUGACGGAUCGUGUGUAAUGUGGCCGCCAUUAGCAAAUCGAGCGGGAAACAUAACUGAAGACUGCUAGCUGGAUGACAGAAGUAAUGGCGCUAAAACGCCUUGACAAUGACAAUCCAGCCCUUAUAUUUGCAGAUUGUGACGUGUUCGCAUAUUAAACUUGAAUAUUACCCGAUAAAUAUUAAAUAGGCAUAUUUUAUAAUGGCAUUUUUUAAUAUUUCUUUUUUAAAAAUAUAUGCAAACAUAAGUUUAAGUAAUUCUUUAUAUAUUUGUAAUGCGAUUUUUUUUUACCUAGAGUCAGCCUUCGGAAAUCGGGGUAAAUAUUUAGAUCAUACUACUUAACAAACUUCUUAAGUAGUAACUUAAGAAGUUUCACCAUAAUAUAUAAAAAGUAACAAAUAUUAUAAGUAUAUAAUAUUUGUUAGUCAUUAUAUUUACAAGCAGUUAAACUAAGUAAUGACGUUGUCAAGCUGUACCAUAUUAAUGACAGAAAAAUAGGUCUGAUACAACCUAAUAAAUUGUUCACUUUGUAUAAUUUAUAUUUGUCUAUCUGUGGCUAGAAUACGAUAAAAAUGUAUUUUUACAAUAGUGUCAGAUAAAAUUAUUCUACAAUCGCAAUUAUUAAUUUAAAUUUGGCAAUGGGUAAUAUUCAAAUUUCAGCGGGUAAAAUAUGCGAAACACUAGUUUGUUUGAAACGUGUCUGAGAACUCCCAGGCAUUGUUGUGAGUGAUAUUACAAUGUGAUUGUGUAAUGAACAAUAAGUACAUUAGUUUGUAAAUAAAAUACGACGAACAAGAUCAAGGAUUAGCUAUAAUAAUUUAGUCUAUGGUAUUUCGUUUAAAAACGGUUGUAUAAUAGUAUUUUUUUAAGAAUAAAAAGAAACUGCCAAGAAGUGCCUUUUAAGAAAUAGUUUAAUUUAGGAUUAUAUAACCCGAAAUAUUGUGACAUUAUGAACAGUGUACUACUUUAUUUUUUAUAGAAAAGGCAGCGGGGUUCCAUUUAUCUAUCAUUUUCUAAGCGACUGGAUCGCACUUUUACUCUUAUAUCAGAUUUUACGACAAUGUUUACUCCUUGCCAUUGUUGACACAAUAGUCUGUAAUUUUUGUUUCUCAUAAUUAUUUAUGACAUAGAUAAUAAAAGUUACCAUAGAUUAGUUUGGCAAUUAAAACUGUUACUUGCCAACUAUUUAUUAUUUUCUAUUUAUGUAUUCUUUCGUCCUAUAUGUUAAGGAAAUAA